AUGAAAGCAAAAACUGACAUAUAGAUAUCAGGUACUUCUCAAAUUAGCGUGAUUUCAAGUUCAAGGAGCGCCAAUUUGGAACAUGUAGUUUUUGACUAUUUCCAGCGUUCUGUCCUUCCGCACAUAGAGACGAUUUAUCACUCACGAACCUUUUUUGAGGAUGAAAUAUGUAAGUAUUUUGACGUUAAGAUCAAUAAUUUCAGGAAAAAAACUAUAGAAGGGCAGAAUGUGCGUGGACUUCUGUAUAGAUCCAAUAUCGUCCUCUGUGGGUAUUUGUAAGAUACCAGAAAUCGUGCUGACCCUUGUAAUUGUUAUACUUACUGGACGAGCAGAAGAGUCAUGGAUCUUGGAUAUAGAGUUCUCUGUUGGAGUGCAGGGUCUGGUGAUAUCGAUAUUCCUGCUCAACUUUAUAGUGAUGACACGAGGUGCAAUCCGAGGUAGCAAAACUAACAAGACGCAGUGGCCUAUAUUGGUUUUCGUAUCUGCGAUGUGUCUACCAUCGGGAGUUGCCACAGUUAUCUAUUCAGACCAUCACCUUUCCCACAAGCUACAACUUGCAGGAAUAUGCAGCUGCGUUGCUUCAAUUAUUUAUGCUGCAGAUGCGUACCUGUGUUUUAAUUGGAGCAGAUAGAUGUGUAACAGUAAAAUUUAAUUAUUUAUUGAUCAACAGUUCAUAAAAAUAUACGUAUUACAUGGAUAACUGUAGC